UGCACCCAGGAAGGAAGUUCAAGUUUCAAAUUUCUUAGCCAUAUGAACAGUAUAGGUAUACAGUUGCUAGGAAUGUAUUUGGUGUGCUCACAGUUUGACAAUACAACUCGAGAAACAAAACUAAGGAGGGGUCAAAAACAGCACAUAGAAGACAGGAAUGACAGCGUACGAACAUUGGAAAAAGUGCAUUGGUAAAAGUGCAUGGUUGUACGGGGCUGCUGGAGUAACAGCUUGCAAAAUAAGCAGAAGAGGUAGCAGGUUGGUGGUGGAGUCCAGUAAGUGUUAGCGCAUAUUCAAGUGGCGGAUGGCUUGUGGGUAGGUGCUGUCCCUAGAACGUGUGGUUUUUCAUGUGAUGCUCCGGUACCUUCUACCUGAUGGUAGGAGUGUGAAUAGAUGGUGUGCCGGGUGAGUGGGGUCGGAGGUGAUGUUCUUGACUUUCCUGGCAAUUCUGGUGUUGUAGUGUGAGGCUAAUGUGGGAAGAUUGUGGCCGAUGAUCUUGGAGGCUCUGCAUACCACCCUCUCCAGCUGCUGCCUAUCUUGGCUGGUGGUAUUGCCAGACCAGGAUGGAGAAGGUGAGCACGCUUUCUAUUGUGGCGCGGUAGAAAUGGAUCAUGCCUGUUUGACUGACCCCAAAUUUCCUCAGCUGUCGGAGAAAGUGUAAUCUUUGGUGAGCUUUUGAAAUGAUGAGACUGGUGUUAAGGUUCCAUGACAGGGACUGAUGGAUGGUGGUGCCUAAAAAACGGAAGAAGUCAACUCGCUCCACUACCUGAUCAUUCAUGCAGAUGGGGAUGUGCUGGCCUGCCUUUUUCUUGAAGUCCACUAUGAGUUCUUUGGUUUUUCAUAUGUUGAGUGUAAGAUUGCUGGCUGCACACCACUGUACUAGGUGUUUGACCUCAACGCGAUAUGAUGUUUCAUCCUCGUCGCGUAUGAGGCCUAUAACUGUGGUGUCGUCUGCGAAUUUUAGGAGUUUGAUAGAUGGAGAAUUGGAUAUGCAGUUGUUGGUGUAUAGGGAGAAUAACAGGGGUGAUAACACACAACCUUGUGGCGCGCCGGUGUUCAGGACCUUGGUUGAUGAAAUAUUGUUUUGGAUUUUAACACACUGUGUUCUGUUAGACAGGAAGUUGAGCAGCCAGUUACAGAGUGGGGGGUUGACACCCAUGGACAGGAGAGUAUUAUACAGUCUGAUAGGCAGGAUGGUAUUAAAGGCUGAGCUAAAAUCAAUGAAUAGGACACGGGCAUAGGUGGACUUACAGUCAAGGUGUUGCAGAAUUAAGUGAGUACAGAGUGAAACAGCGUCAUCAACUUCCCUGUUUGCCCUGUAGGCAAAUUGGUGAGGGUCUAAUGCGAUGUGUGACAGGAGCCUGCAGACUAGACGUUCAAAUACUUUCAUGACAACGGAGGUGAGAGCGACAGGCCUAUAGUCGUUGAGACAGGUGAUGUUGGGUUUUUUGGGCACUGGGAUGAUCAUAGCUGAUUUAAAACAUGCAGGCACAGUAGCACUAUGAAGAGACCAGUUGAAGAUGUAGCUGAGAAUAGCAGUAAGUUCGUUAGCACAGUUCCUGAGUGUAGCUGGUGUCACACCAUCAGGACCAGCUGCCUUGUUGGUGUUUUGACGCUGUAGCAGUCUGCGCACAUCGUGCUCCGAGAUGGAGAGGGGAGGUUGAGUGUGCCCCGCACCUAUCGGGUAAGGGGGGCUCUGGUGUGGGCGCUGGUGUCUCGAAGUACUCCAAGUAUUCCAUGUUAUGAUGAAUGUACCUGUUACUACACGUUCACAGCAUGGAUAGAAAACCACCAAACCUUGUUGGAGGUGUUUUCAUAGCUGUGUCCCAUUACGUGCAUCCAUUAGCUGCCUCUUUUGACCUGAUUUUAUGUCUUAUCCAUCUGGCACAGAGUGUGAGUUUAGCAAAACACGUAGAACCUUUCCUACCAACAAAGACUGUUGAACAGAGAUUAUGGUGAGGGUCUGGAUAAAGGUGUAGAUGCAAAAAUGUGGAAUGGAUUUUGCCCCUGAUGGCUUUGUUGGCUGGACUAAGGAGCAGACAGAUGGCAGUUGUCAAACAUCAGGCCGCAUUGUUUCCAUCUUAGGUGAGGCUUCUUGUGUGAUCUGGUCCAGCGCCGGCACGAUGGUCCGGCGAGGUUCCAGCUUGGACGUGUUCUGCACCUUCAACUGCCGGUGCGGCCCCUCCAUGUACAGCGGCCACCCGCCCGCACUGCAGCGCCACAUGGUGGUCAACUCCAGCACGACGCGCCUCCAUGUGGCCAACAUCAGCGAGGACGAGACGUACAGCUGUCAGUGCGCCUGCCCCCCCGCGCCAGACCCCUGUGGCCUUGACAUCCGGACCGGAUACCCACCAGAGUGUCCUGAGGAGGUUUCCUGCGUGUACAAGGUACGGAGCAACGAGGCAGGUCUGUUGUUUUGCUGGUGGGAGAGAGGAAGGAAAAGCCACCUGCAGGAUACUACAGACUUGUGGCUGACUAGCGUAUCAGAGGAGCGCCAGCAUGGUCCACACAAGGCGUCCAUUGGUGGAGACACGUGGGCUACUUUCAACGUGUCCAAGGCGGUCGGCCGGGUCUCGGUGUGGGUCCACGCCCGCAACACAUUGGGGACGUCGGUGUCCAAAGCCAGCACAUACACGCUGAGUGACAUUGCCGUGCCGCCGGCGCCACGCCUCGGGGGGGCGGCGUGCUCCUCCAGGACAUGCGACAUCAGAGUGCGGAGGUCUGUGGGGACGUCCCACCUGGAGGUGCAGCAUGCGGCCGACGGGGAGCACGUAUGGAUCACGUGUCCGCACGCGGAGGGACACGAGUGUCGGGACCAAGUGUGGUCCGUCUCCUCUUUGGAUCCCUACCGGUUGUACCUUUUCAGAGCCAGAGCCAAGUUGAGUACGGGGCUGUGGAGCGAGUGGAGCGCCGUCAUCUCCGCAUGGACUCAGGAGGAAGUUCCCGCCAAAGAGAUGGACGUGUGGUAUGCCCAAACGUCCUCUGACUUCACAUCCAUUAUUGUCUUCUGGAAGGCCAUGAACAUCUCUGAGGCCAGGGGGAAGAUUUUGGAAUACCGAGUCAGCGUCUACAGCGCCAAGUCUGGAUUGAUGUUCACCGCCAGCCUCGGCGCCAAUGUGACCAACAUUUCGGUGCCCUUCUGUGCCCGCUGCCAGGUGGUGCUGUGUGCCAUCAAUUCCAUAGGCAGAUCCCCUCCUGCCAACAUCACAGCCUAUCACGCCAAGCCCUUCCAACACUUUCACGUGAAGGCAAAGGCAGCGCAGCGCAGCGUCGCCCUCUGGUGGAGCAAACCUGAACGUGCAGCAGCCCGGGUGGUGGUGGAGUGGUACCCGGAAGGCCUGAAGAUGCAGGAGAUGCAGUGGCUCCGACUGGAAGGAGGAGAACAUCACGCUAUCAUCACAGGUUGGAAGUGGAAGCCACGCAACCUCUUGUUGGUCGUCUUGUGUCUCAGACGGGGGGAGUGCUACCAGGCAGCCAUUCAUGUUUUCCACAAUGAAAGCUCAGUGACCACAAGCACCUUUCAACUACUGAACUUCAGCCAAUCAGUCCCCCGAGUCGGUCCGUCAGUCCAACAGGAAGUGGAGGGAAACAGAGUGAAAGUGAUGUGGGAGGAGCUUCCUCGGAGUGAGCGAGGAGGUUGUGUCACCAAAUACAUGGUCUACCUGGAGGACAGCACGGGACACGUGCAGCCAUCCUCCUGUCACGCGUCCCAGAGGACGUACGUCAGCAAGGAGCUGCGUCCAGGCGUCCACAGGCUGUGGAUAACUGCUUGGACCUCCCAGGGACAAGGUCCUGCCGGUCAAAAAGUCCACUUUUUCAUCCAAUCUGCAGAGGAAGUUCCGCUGGUCCCCCUCGUGGGCUGCAUCGUCUCCAUGGUGGCGGCGCUGCUGGCGUGUGUUGUAAAGAACAGGCUGCGUGGGAUUCUGCAGCACUUCCUGUUCAAAGUACCGGAUCCUGCAAACAGCAAAUGGGCUAAAGAAAGCAGCCAAGGGAAGGGUGAAAACAACCAGCAGCUCCAGCCGAGUGAGGCCAGCAUUGCCGAGGAGGACUUCAUCAUGGAGCUGCAGGAGGAGCCCAGUGUCAACAUGGACGUCCCCCCGCCAACCAACCGAGAUGCACUCGUCACAACGUACAUCAAAAAUUCCUGUUCCAGCUCACAGAACACUUGCAACUCCAUGGAGUCCAACACCGCCAUGUGUUCAUCCACAUCAUCCCAACACCAACAUGCACUUCUUCACCAUCGACACCACCAGGACCACCAACACCCAGGACACCAACACCAUCAAGACCACCAAUACCCAGGACACCAAUACCAUCAAGAACACCAAGACCACCAACACCAUCAAGACCACCAACACCGAGGACACCAACAACAUCAAGAUGAUUUUGCACAGAUGCUGACUUUACUCCCCAAUUUCAACUCAUUCACACAAACACACAAAUUAACCCUCGACACUGUACACGUACGCCGUAAUACUCUCUGUGAAUACACAUGAAAUACAUAAGUACACGUACGCCAUAAUACUCUCUGUGAAUACACAUGAAAUACAUAAGUACACGUACGCCGUAAUACUCUCUGUGAAUACACAUGAAAUACAUAAGUACACGUACACCGUAAUACUCUCUGUGAAUACACAUGAAAUACAUAAGUACACGUACGCCGUAAUACUCUCUGUGAAUAUACAUGAAAUACAUAAGUGCACGUACGCCGUAAUACUCUCUGUGAAUACACAUGAAAUACAUAAGUGCACGUACGCUGUAAUACUCUCUGUGAAUACACAUGAAAUACAUAAGUGCACGUACGCCGUAAUAUUCUCUCUGAAUACACAUGAAAUACAUAAGUGCACGUACGCCGUAAUACUCUGUGAAUACACAUGAAAUACAUAAGUGCACGUACGCCGUAAUACUCUGUGAAUACACAUGAAAUACAUAAGUACACGUACGCCAUAAUACUCUCUGUGAAUACACAUGAAAUACAUAAGUACACGUACGCCAUAAUACUCUCUGUGAAUACACAUGAAAUACAUAAGUACACGUACGCCGUAAUACUCUCUGUGAAUACACAUGAAAUACAUAAGUGCACGUACGCCGUAAUACUCUCUGUGAAUACACAUGAAAUACAUAAGUGCACGUACGCCGUAAUACUCUCUGUGAAUACACAUGAAAUACAUAAGUGCACGUACGCCGUAAUACUCUGUGAAUACACAUGAAAUACAUAAGUACACCUACGCCGUAAUACUCUGUGAAUACACAUGAAAUACAUAAGUGCACGUAUGCCGAAAUGCAGUACAAGUAACAAAGUACACAACACAAUAGUAGCAAGGAAGGAAGGACACAAAAUUAAGGAGGAAUAGAGGUGGGAAAUAAGGGCAAGAAAGGAAGGUUGUGAAGGUUAGAGGGAGGAAGGACACAAUUGGAGCCAAGACGCAAUGGGAGCGCUCGUGUUCAGAGGUCCCGCCCACUUAUUGUUCAGAGCAGGCAAGCCACGCCCCAUGUAACGCAACACGAAAGUGGAAGGAUGGACUCACUGAGGAUUCCACAAGGUCAUUUGGAGCCAAGAAGGGAGAGCCUUGUCAGCUUUCUGUUCAGUAUUUCAGCUGGAAAUGUGCAAAUUCACACAUUCUUACAGAAGAAAACUACAUUUCAUUUCCAUCCACCUCCACGAGCAUUUUGAAAUGAAAAUUAUUUUAAUUCAUAGAAUUCCACCACUUUUUCACCUGUGGGCAAGUAAGAACAGUAAUUAAAUGUGAAAUCAAUAAACUACUUCAUUUCGCGGUAGUAAAUAUUGGGAUGGGUGACGUCCACUGAUCUGUAUAAUAUAUCUGGAUAGCUCAUACGUCGCAAGGCGGAGUGCAGGCCGCUGAAGCCAAAGAGACGCCAUCUUACUACUCACAUCUCUACUACAUUGGCACAGCGUACAUAGUGUACAAAGCAGAUGAUGAGGCCAGCAGAACAUCUAUAUUUGACAUUAAAAAGCGGGGAGAUUCUCCCAUUCCUUCAAGUAACGCAACCUUCGUCCCUUAAAAAACAUUUGAUACGUUAUUCUCUAUCUUUUGGCUAUAUUAAAUGUACUUUUUCCCUUCCAAUUCUCAUUGCCUUUGGGACAAAAUUCUACUGUGCCCCCUGGCUCAGCACUCCCCUAUAGCAAUGAUAGUUUUACUCCUCUAGAAAGAGAUUUUCAUUUGAACUGCAUAUCCCAUCCCUUUUUUCCACUAAAAUCCAUGGUCAUGAUCCUUUACUUUUUAUUCUUACUUUCAUACGAUUCACUAUGCUCUCAUCUGUACAAAAUAUGAAUCAUCGAAGAGACAAGUUUUAAAAUCUUUUCACAUUUUGAUGAUUUUUAUUUUUUUGUUUGUGUUAUGAAAUAGAAAUAACCUCUUUUCUGAUAUAGAAAUAUAUUUGAACAAAAACCACAGGAAUAAUAUGUGAUAACUAUAAUGUGUAAUAACCAUAAACACACACACACAGAAAACAACAACACUGAAACAAAACCAAAUGCUUUGGGUAAGACAAUACGUUGUUUGCAAUCUCAAACAUACCGGUAUGCGUGUUCAGUAAUAUUAUUUUCCAGAACAUAUCAUAUGAAUGAAUCCUUUUACGCAGUCAAUUCAGCAGCAAAUUUUUUUUUGUUGUUUAUCCAAAUGAAGGGUCAUGCCGGAUCAAUUGUAUGCAAACUGGCUUGCUAACUGCACUGUAUACAAUGCCUGGUAAGCAUCACGGAAGCACUGAGAUUCUCCCAUUCCUUCAAGUAACGCAACCUUCGUCCCUUAAAGAAAUACAUAUAUCAUGAUAGACAAAAAAGUACGUAAAUUUCCCCUUAGCUAUUAUAGAGCUAUAUAAACGUAUCAAUUCUGGACAUACAUUUAAUCAGAGGAAUUUUACACGAUCGAAAAUAUCUGAGAGAUCGACAGUGCAAAACCCUUAAAUGAUCAACCAUAAAUCUACAUUUCAAUCGUACUUACACGUGAAAUGUUCGUCCACAGCCUUUGAACUGGCGAUUUGUGCAGUUAAUAGCUGCACAUGCAGGUAUCUUAAGUCGAAAUUUGUGUCCAAUCCGAAUUAAUAAAAUAAGUUCACCACGAAUGCAAAAGCUUGUCGAGAAGUGUUUCUUGUGAGUAUGUCUGUGUAGGCUCUCAGUCGUACAGGAGUUGUCCAUCGAGGAAAAGGCUUCUUGAGACGUCAUCUGUACUUCUGUGAAGAAGGUGUCGGACGUUUCGCUCCUCAUCCGAAGAGCUUCGUCAGCGAACUAAUAAGUGCUGGUAGCUUAGGCCUUAAAUACAGUAAGAGUGGGCGGAAUUGGUGUGCCAACACCCUCCUCCUAUUGGUUCGUUACACUAAGCCUGGGCGGAGCAGUGGUAUAAUCCUAUCCUGUUAUUCACACCUACGAUAAAAGGGAAGUGUCGCUCCCUGAAUUGGGUAUGAACGACUCUGAUACUGGCUUGUUAGCAUCUAUUGUUCUGGCUCGGCCCUGCCUUCACCUCAUUUGCAAGACUAAGAGCUGUGGGUUUUGGUCUCAGUAACCUGCUGAACACAGGGUCCAAAUUAAACCUCAAACCACCAUUCCGAUUCAAUGAUGGGUUCUGUUGUUUGACAAAAAUAGCUUCCUUUACUCCUCUUUCAAACCAUCUGUUUUCUUUGGCCAAAAUCUUUACCUCGCUGUCCUGAAAAGAGUGAUUGGUAGCUUUCAGGUGUAGAUGUACUGCUGAUUGAGGACCACUAGCAUUGUCCCUGCGAUGUUGAUAAAGCCUUUUUUGGAGCAUUUGCUUAGUUUCCCCAAUGUAGUGCUCUUUGCAUUCCUCAUCUUUACAGUGGAUGGAAUAGACCACAUUGCUCUGUUUCUGGUUUGGAGCCUUGUCUUUAGGAUGCACUAAUUUUUGUCUCAGGGUAUUUACUGGUUUGAAAUAGGUAGGAAUUUUGUGUUGCCAUAAGAUCCUCUGGAGUUUUUCGGAGACCCCCGCUACAUAAGGGACUACCACUCCUCUCCUUUUUGCUUCUGUGGGCUUUUGGGUUUCUUUCCCUACUCUCUUCUUUUGACAUUUGUUAAAAGCCCACCGUGGGUACCCACAGGUUGAGAGCGCUCUCUGGACAUGUUGUGUCUCCUUUUUCUUUCCCUCAGCACUAGUUGGUAUUUGUUCCGCUCUAUGUUGGAGGGUCCUAAUAACCCCUAGUUUAUGUUGUAGUGGAUGGUUUGAUUGAAAAAGCAGGUAUUGGUCAGUGUGUGUGGCCUUUCUAAAGACCUCUGUAAGUAGCUGUCUGUCCUUUCCUAUAAUUACCUUGCAGUCUAAGAAGGCUAGUUGGUUCUCUUUAGCGUCCUCGCAAGUAAAUUUGAUAUUGGUGUCCACCGCAUUGAUGUGAUCUGUGAAAGACUGAAUAUCUUGUUUUUUGAUUAUGACCAAGGUGUCAUCCACGUAUCUAAACCAGUGCCUUGGUUUUGUCCCUGAGAAGGAUGUGAGAGCCUGUUUCUCCAUCUCUUCCAUGUACAGAUUCGCCACUAUGGGUGAGACUGGUGAGCCCAUAGCACAACCAUGAAUUUGUCUGUAGAAUUUCCCUCUAAACUGAAAAUAUGUGGUGUUAAGGCAAAUUUCCAGUAAUUGGCAGAUGUGGUCAGCACUAAGUUUUGUUCUCCGAUGCAGAGUUGAGUCCUCGAGCAGUCUCUUCCUCACCACCGAGACUGCUGCUGAGGUGGGGACAGAUGUGAAAAGUGAAGUCACAUCAUAAGACACCAAAGUUUCCUCUGGCUCCAAUCUGAGGUCUUUGAUGCUCGCCACAAACCCUUUUGUGUUCUCUAUAUGAUGAUCAGUGUUGCCUACCAAUGGGGAUAAGACUGUUUUUACAUAUUUCGCUACAUUGUACGUGGUAGAGUCAAUGCUACAGACAAUGGGUCUGAGGGGAAACCCUUCCUUGUGGAUUUUUGGAAGGCCAUAGAUACAUGGUGUAGCCUCCCCAGGGUAUAACCUAUGAUACAUCUGUCUGUCAAUUAGUUCUUCCUUCUCUAACUUUUGGAGACAGUCUAUGAUUUCUUUCUUAUACCUACUGGAUGGGUCCCUUUUAAGUUGCUCAUAUGUGUUGGCAUCACUAAUUAGACUUGUUAUUUUUUCUUCGUAGUCCAAUGUGUUGAGAACCACUGUGCAUCUGCCCUUAUCAGCUGGUAAGAUGGUGAUGCUCUCAUCUUUCUCAACCUGUGGGUACCCACGGUGGGCUUUUAACA